ACUGCACUAUCAAUUAACUCAUUAAAACUGUCAGUGAACUUCAAAAGUUAAAUAGUGUUAUAAAUUUAACAAGAAUCAUGCGUACAACAGUUCUUAUUACUGCAUUCCUUGCAUUUUUCGCACUUGCAUUCGCCAAUCCAAUAGAUCAAUUUGACACAGUUGUUGAAGGUGAUGAAGCUAACGAUCGUGCUGCAAGAGUUACGUGUGAUAUUUUUAUGAGUAAUCCUCUGUGUGCAAUUCAUUGUAUUGCAAAAGGAUAUAAAGGAGGCUAUUGUAACAAUAAAUUAAUUUGUAUUUGCCGAAACUGAAAACAUUAAAAAUUGCACAUUUUUCCAAAAAUUGAUAGCUAAAUGCUUCAACAAAUGUUUUUAAAUUAUACUGAGGUUAAGAAAUUUAAUAAAAAAUUAUUUGUAGUAUUUUGAAAAUAAGAAAA